AGGGGGACAGCAGACGGCAUUCCUCCACCGCCUGCGCCCUGUUGUGUUGCUCUUCGCCGCGUGGCUGCAGUCUGUGGAUGUCAUGUCCAUGCCCACGCAAACUUGAACGGCUGGAGUCUCUCUGCCUGACGCGUUUAUUAUGAGACAUCAUUGGACCGGGAAUCAAUAUUGAGGACGUACACUGCAAUCUGAUUUUAAACUUUAUUAUACGGAAUUUCCUUAGUUGGUUGGGCUCCUGCUGCUGCUUCAGGGAUAAAUGAUCACCUCAACCAGAAGAGUGUCUCCUGAUAAAUCUGAAGUUAGAAUCGCCUUCAGCCUCGAAGACACAUCAGAUGUAAAAGAUGUGGCGGACCUCCCUCAGACUUUCCCAGACCUUGAACAGCGACUACAGCCAGUACCCCCCUGUGUGUCUCUGAGGGAGAGCGUUCAGGUGUACAAGGAGCACUGCAGGAUGGCGAGAGAGUUCCACCAGGUGAAACACGAGAUCGCUGCGAUUGAGGAUCGCAAGCGUCAGUUGCUGGCAGAGCUGGUGGAGGAUGAGAAGGUUGCCAUGGAGAUUGCCCGUCUAGAGGAGGAGUUUCGGCGCCUAACAGAGGAGAACCGCACACUGAUGACUGUCCACAACGAGCGCGCUCAGCAGCUGGAGAGGCUCUGCUUACCCAAUCAUACAAGGCAGGACUCCUCGUGACCUCUGACCUCCCGCAGAACCUGAGGCCUCCAAACAUCCGGCUGAUGCCAGGCAGGAAACAAAGCAGAAAUAAAGGCUCAGCUAGUGCUCAUUCAACACAAAUACAGUCAGUGGUUCAGCUAAUUACACAGAAAGGUGCCGUGUUUAUUUGUGUCUGAGUCAUUUGUUUGAGACGCAGUGUCGUCAUCUACUGUUGUAGUGAUUCUACCAAUCUAUGACACAAGAUCACCUUUCUGGAUUGUGUUAUUAUGUGAUCUUGCAGAACCUUCCUGGCCGUCAUUGCAAUACCUCACAGUAUAUCUUCAUGCUCAGCUGCUGUGAAUUUCACCAGAUAAUCUGAAAUCUGUCUCAGGUCCUGUGGAGACUCAGAUCUUUUACCUGAGGUCUGUGGAUGUAGCAUGAGGUGGUAUGAUGUGGUCCAAAUGUUGUAUUUUGAGAAUCGUUUCCCCUGACGCUCCUUCUCUUCCACCUAUACAGUUGCCAGUCAAGUUCCUGUUGUGAUAAAAAGGAUAUGAGACGAGUGUUUUAAAUGUGUAAGGGACCGGGAAAAAGCCAUUUGUGAGGAACAGUAAAAGAGAAGGGUGAGCCUGUCUGUUUCACAAUGAGCCUCUGCUGUGACACAACACUGUAAGAAUUGUACAUUUGAUUGAUGCAGCUUGUCUCAUCCUCCUGUAGAAGGGGCAGUAUACAACAAGAUUAAAGGUUGAUUAUUGCCUGCAUCUAUUAAUAAAAUGAAUACCAGCAUCAGUUCCUUAGUUUCAUUUCCAGCACUAUUGUGUUUGGUGUCUGCUUUAUGGACAUAAUGCAGUGCUUACAUGGAAAAGGGAACUUGUUUUUUUUUUUCAUGUGGAGAUUAGCUCAUUCUGGAAUUAUGAAACAGUCACCGGAUUGGCUAGUUCGACUCUGUUAGCCUUCCUUCUUCCUCCUUUAAAUCAUGUGACAUUGACAACAGUGCUUUGUGGUGACGAUUAGUCCAAUUUCUUUUACUUUAAAUGCCUGGCAUGCUGGUUACGAAGGUGUAUACACAAACAACUCACUACUGACUACUCACUCGUAGUCAAUACAUUAUUGUUCCGUCCCUAACAGUCAUCCUUUCACAGAUAAUUGAUUAAAUUGACCUCGCCUUUUACAGUUUCUGGCACAAAAGCUUAAUAAAUAAAUCCGAAUCUAAAAAUAAAACGAGGGCAAAUAUU